CUAGCAGCUACUGAGAAAAUGAGACUACGGGAAGUUCUCUACAUCAUGAUUAUUCUAUAUACUGAGUCCACAUUCUGUAGUCAAGUCUGCUCUGAUAUAAUGACUAUUGCGGGCUCUGAGGGGGAAAAUGUGACCCUACACAUAAAUGAGACUGAAGUAAGAGAAAUUUCUUGGUUACUGGGCAGACACCACAUCGUCACAACUGAACCAGGGAAAAUAAUAAAUGUUAAGAAACGCAAACUGAGUCAGCGGUUAGAAGGUACAGACCAAGGAUCCUUGAAGAUCAUCAAUUUACAUAUGGAAGACCAAGGAAACUAUUCUGCAACUGUGUUCAAGGAGAAGCAUAAGGAUUGUGUUCAGAAUUUUUGGGUUAAAGUUUACCCAAAAUUAUUGAAGAAGGACAUAGAAAUUAAAAUUAACGUGAGUGAAACUGAGAGCUGCAAUAUGACUCUGACCUGUACAGCAAACAAACCAUAUGUGACAAUCUCCUGGAGGAACCAGAGUGAGAGGUAUAAAGUUGUCAGAAAUCACACACUAAACCUGAACAAUAUUCAUCCAACUACCAUCUACCACUGCAUCGCUGAAACCCCUGUAAUCAGAAUCUUCCGAUCAGUCAGGCCAUGGACUUUCUGCCAGAAAGAAACAGCCAUUGGUCUAGCUCAUCGGGCCGGAUCACCUUCGAUCUGGAUUAUGACAGUUGCCAUCAUGACGUCUAUACUGGAGCUGACGCAUUGUCUGUGAUUCAAAACUCAG